AUGGGCAACGCACGCACGCGCGCACACACACACACACACACACACCCAUACACCUACACACACGAACAUAUCUAUUUAUCUUUCUAUUCAUCUCGUUAUAUUCGUAUCUAUCUAUCUAUCUAUCUAUCUAUCUAUCUAUCGUUUGUUCACAUCUAUCUAUCGUCAGUUUGUUUAUAUCUAUCUAUAUCUAUCUAUCUAUCUAUCUAUCUAUCUUCAGUUUGUUUAUAUCUAUCUAUCUAUCUAUCUAUAGUUUGUUUACAUCCAUCUAAAUCUGUUUGUAUCUAUUUAUCUCAUCUGUUCAUAUCUAUCUAUCUCAUUCUGUUUGUAUCUAUUUAUCUCAUCUGUUCAUAUCUAUCUAUCUAUCUAUCUAUCUAUCUAUCUAUCUAUCUAUCUAUCUAUCUAUCACGACAAUUUGUCCAUCGCAUCUUGUAUCUAUCUUUCUAUUCCAUUAUGUUCGUAUCUAUCUAUCUAUGA